AUGCUUACUAUAGCUUUAUUAGCAUCAGCAUAUUUGGGAAUUUGUCAGGAGACAAUGUACAAAACUUAUGGAAAACAUACUGAGGAAGCCAUGUUUAUAAUUCACUGCACUUCAUUGCCAUUUUUUGCAUUUAUGGGUGAAGAUAUUUAUAAAUCAGCUGUUGCAUUUUCGCUUAGUUAUCCGAUUGAUAUACUUGGUUAUCGUGUUCCACACAUGUGGGCCUAUCUUGUCGCUACAUGUCUUUUACAAUGGAUGUGCAUCAGUUUUGUAUAUCGGUUAAAUGCUACCUAUGAAUCGUUAACAGUAACAAUGGUUGUUACUAUACGGAAAUUUCUUUCAUUACUCAUUUCCAUUCUGUGGUUUCGGAAUCCAUUCACUUUAGCGCAUUGUAUAGGUGCGGCAUUGGUGUUUACUGGCACACUUGCAUUUGCCGAUAUUUGGACUGGCCAUACUAGCACAGCGACGAAAAAUAAGGCAAAAGAACAUUAA